GGGAGGCGCGCGCCUUGCGGGCAGGGGGCGCGCCGCGCGGGGCUGGGCUCGGAGCGCGCGGAGCUCGGCAGCCGGAGAGCCGCGAGGGGGACGCGCCGGGACCCCAAAGAGCGCACAAGCCUUCGACACGGUGGACGAGGGGGGGAUCAGCCGCCGCCGUUGUCGCCUCCCUCCCGGAGGGAGCCCUGUCCGCCGCGGGCCAUGAGCCACCGGGCCCGGGGAGCCUGGCCGCGGUCCGGGCAGCGCUCCGCUGGCGCCCCGGCCCGCUCGGCCGCAGCUGCGCGCCUGUAGCCACAGGUGGCUGCGAUGGGACGGAAGCCAUGAAUGGUGCUGCCCCCGGCCCUGCCGCAGCCGCCCCGGUCCCGGUCCCGGUCCCGGACUGGCGGCAGUUCUGCGAGCUGCACGCGCAGGCGGCCGCCGUGGACUUUGCGCACAAGUUCUGCCGCUUCCUGCGGGACAACCCAGCCUACGACACGCCCGACGCCGGCGCCUCGUUCUCCCGCCACUUCGCCGCCAACUUCCUGGACGUCUUCAGUGAGGAGGUACGCCGCAUGCUAGUGGCCGAGCCGACGACUCGGGGCGCGGCCGCGUGCGCGGAGGCCAUGGAGCCGGAGCCCGCCGAGACCUCUGCCCUCAAGGCAGCGAACUACGGCCACUCGCGGAGCUCGGAGGACGUGUCCACGCAGGCGGCCAUCAAGGCCCGCGUCCGCAAGGGCUUCUCGCUCCGCAACAUGAGCCUGUGCGUGGUGGACGGCGUGCGCGACAUGUGGCACCGGCGCGCCUCACCCGAGCCCGACGCUGGAGCCGCCCCGCGUGCCGCGGAGCCCGCCGCUGAGCCCCGUGACAAGUGGACGCGGCGCCUGCGGCUGUCUCGGACGCUGGCGGCCAAGGUGGAGCUGGUGGACAUUCAGCGCGAGGGGGCGCUGCGCUUCAUGGUGGCCGACGACGCAGCCGCGGGUCCCGGGGGCGCGGCGCAGUGGCAGAAGUGCCGCCUGCUCCUGCGCAGGGCUGUGGCCGAGGAACGCUUCCGCCUGGAGUUCUUCGUGCCGCCCAAGGCCUCCAGGCCCAAGGUCAGCAUCCCACUGUCGGCCAUCAUUGAGGUCCGCACCACCAUGCCCCUGGAAAUGCCAGAGAAGGACAACACGUUUGUGCUCAAGGUAGAGAAUGGAGCCGAGUACAUCCUGGAGACCAUCGACUCUCUGCAGAAGCACUCGUGGGUAGCUGACAUCCAGGGCUGUGUGAACCCUGGUGACAGUGAGGAAGACACCGAGCUCUCAUGUUCCCAGGGAGGCUGUCUGGCCAGCCGCGUGGCCUCCUGCAGCUGUGAGCUCCUGACGGACGCAGCCGACCCGCCCCGGCCCCCAGAGACGACAGCCGUGGGAGCCGUGGUGACAGCUCCCCACAGUCGAGGUCGAGAUGCCAUCAGAGAGUCCCUGAUCCAUGUCCCGCUAGAGACCUUCCUGCAGACCCUGGAAUCCCCGGGCGGCAGUGGCAGUGACAGCAAUAACACAGGGGAGGAGGGUGCGGAGACAGAUGCUGAAGUUGAGCCCGAGCUGGAACUGUGCGAGUACCCCUGGUUCCACGGAACACUGUCCCGGGUCAGGGCCGCUCAGCUGGUUCUGGCAGGGGGGCCCCGGAACCACGGCCUCUUCGUGAUCCGUCAAAGUGAGACUCGACCUGGGGAGUACGUGCUGACCUUCAACUUCCAGGGCAAGGCCAAGCACCUGCGCCUGUCCCUGAACGGCCACGGCCAGUGUCACGUACAACACCUGUGGUUCCAGUCUGUGCUUGACAUGCUCCGCCACUUCCACACGCACCCCAUCCCACUGGAGUCAGGGGGCUCGGCCGACAUCACCCUCCGCAGCUACGUGCGGGCACAGGGCCCCCCGCCAGAGUCGGGCCCUGCGCCCCCCGCCGCGCCCGCGCCCCCAGCCUGCUGGAGCGAGCCGGCAGGCCAGCACUACUUCUCCAGCCUGGCCGCGGCCGCCUGCCCGCCCGCUUCGCCCUCAGACGCCGCUGGCGCCUCCUCAUCGUCCGCCUCGUCGUCCUCGGCGGCAUCGGGGCCCGCCCCUCCGCGCCCAGUCGAGGGCCCGCUCAGCGCGCGGAGCCGCAGCGACAGCGCGGAACGCCUGCUGGAGGCCGUGGUCGCUGCCGCCGCCGAGGAGCCCCCAGAGGCCACGCCCGGCCGUGCGCGCGCCGUGGAGAACCAAUACUCCUUCUACUAGCCCGCGGCGCCGCCCGGGUGGGACACGCCAAGCUCUUCAGUGAAGACACGAUGUUAUUAAAAAGCCUGUUUUAGGGACUGCACCUGGCUCUCCUGUCGUCCUUUCUCCCACGGGGAAGGCAGCCAAGUCGGGGACUGCGGAGUGGACACUCAGAGACCGCUGUCCAUCAGGGACCGCCGUCCAGCCCAGUGGGGCCUGACACCUGUCAGGUCCCUUGCAGCUCUGUCUCUGGUGGGACAGCGGAAGGACUCCCCAUGGGGCAUCGGGCAGCACCCGAAAGAGGGGCCAACAGCAGGGGUUAAGGCUGAGGAUCCAGAGGGGCCGUUAGUGGAGCUGUGAGGCAGAGAGAUGGGUGGCAACAAUGAGAGGUACUGGAGAGAGAAGAGGGGCAUUCAGGGAACAGUGGGGGAUGGGGAGCACGCCCAGGUUAUGUGGAGACCUUGGAUGCCAGAAGGAGGAGUCAGGGCCCCAACUAUGAGGGAAAAGCAUCUUUGGACAGAUGUGUGAAGUCUGGCGGUGGGGACAGGGUGGGGGGCAGGAUGUCUCCAUCUUAGCCUUUAGGGGACUGGACAGUGGAAGAGGCUGAAUCUCCCAGCUCGUAGACUUAAACUUAGAAGAAGUUUAAAGAGCCCUCCCAGCCACCGCGCUCCACUCCAUUCACACCCCACCCCACCCUGUCCCAUUCAUACCCCAUACCUACCCACAAGUAGAGUUCCAGCUGUGGCUCCCAUGACCCUGGGCCCUAGAGACACUGUCUGCUGGCAGACCCAGCACCCUAGUCCCCAGGCAGUGUUCAGGAAAGAUCUUGUUCCUGCCGAGCCAAACCUCUGCCGUCUCCCAGCGCCCCAGACCUGGGGUCACAGACCCACUGUCCCCUUGCCCAAGACUGGCCUUACAGAGCUUGGGCCAGUGAGGCAUCUCUUUCUUUCAUUUCCUUCUCCUUUCCUUCCUUUUCUUUUUCUUCCUUUCUCCCCUCCCUCCCUUCCUUCCUUUUCUUUCUUUUUCUUUCUUUCCUUCUUUCUUUCUCUUUCCUCUCUUUCUCUCUUCUUUCUUUCCUCUUUUUUUUUUGAGACAGGUGCAGCGGCAUGAUCUUGGCUCACUUGCAGCCCCGACUAACUGAGCUCCAAUUAUCCUUCCACCUCAGCCUCCCGAGUAUCUGGGACUACAGGCAUGCACCAUCACACCCAGCUAUUUUUUUUUUUUUUUUCUUGGUAGAGACAGGGUUUCACCAUGUUGGCCAGGCGGGUGGGUGUCCAACUCCUGAGCAAUCCUGGAUGGGAAGCGAUCUACCCACCUCAGCCUCCCAAAGGGCUGGGAUUAUAGGCAUGAGCCACUGUGCCCAGCCAGUGAUGCAUAUUUCAGAUCCUUGGAUAUCUAAAGCUCUCAGGGCUAUAACUAAGACACCCACAGACUCUUCCCCAUAAAAGAGGCACGAGCACCCUUGGGCGGCUCCCAGGGCUUUCAGCCACCCAGGCCCCAUGCACAAAAUCACCAGGAAGCGACAGAGCAGGGCCCCCUGCUGCCACCAUGGUGAGGGAAGAAGACAAAUACAAUGCUCAGGAGAGCACCCUGCCACCUCUGCUUCCAGCACCUCCAUUCAGUUGUAACUGGAGCCCUUCUGCCCCUGUGCCCUGGUGGUUUGGGGUCUAUGCCAGGCCAAGUGCAAGCCCUCAUUUCACUCUAACAAGAACAGAGGGGGCUCUGGGCUGAGGCUUGGGCUGGGCAGAGGAACAGAGGGGGCUCUGGGCUGAGGCUUGGGCUGGGCAGAGGAACAGAGGGGGCUCUAGGCUGAGGCUUGGGCUGGGCAGAGGAACAGGGGCAGACUCAGGACUUGGACCCACUGGGUGGGCGCAGUGGCUCACGCCUGUAACCCCAGAACUGUGGGUGGCCGAGGCUGGCAAAUCACCUGAGGUCAGGAGUUCAAGACCAACCUGGCCAACAUGGUAGAACCCCUCUUCUGCAAAAAAUAUUUAAAAAAUUAUCCAGGUGUGGUGGCGGGCACCCAUAAUCCCAGUCACUUGGGAGGCUGAGGCAGGAGAAUUGUUUGAACAUGGGAGGUGGAAGUUGCAGUGAGCCGGGAUCAUGCCACUGCACUCCAGCAACAGAGCGAGACUUGUCUCAUAAAUAAAUCAAUGGAAUUGGCACACAAAAUAAAAU